AUGAGUGAUAACCAGUCUCCUGCUCAGCCUCUGGGCUCUUCAGAAGUCCCCAAUGAGGGUCCUCCUGUCAAGAGGCCCUGCACCAUCGAUACGCCACCCAUUGCCUUGACGCCAGCGGACGAUGGAAGCGAUUUCUACAAUACUCCCUUGGCUGUCGGGACACCUGCGGACAGUAGCGCUGUGAAGGACCAGGUUGAUGGCGCUCAGAAUCCGACCAGUGAGCCGGAUGCCGCUUCACAAAUCCAUCCCCCCAUUCCGGGUUUGAACCUGGUCAAUGACAACGUCAAAGAUCUGCAGCAACCACAGACGGCCACAAAUGCGGCCAGCGAGCAGAGCGAUGCUGUACCUACCAACCAGUCUGCUCCCGAACAGGCUGAGCCCGAGAAGUUGGAGGAAACCAAGGCGGAGCCCGCUACCGAUGCUAUGGAUGUGGAUGCCAAUGAGAAGCAGGAGACCCAACAACCAGCGGAGGCACCUGCCACCAAUGGCGCAGAACCUGCCCAGGAAGAAGAAGAAGAAGAAGACGACGACGAGCACCCCGAGUGGGAAAUCGAUUCCUCUCCCUACGAAUCCUCAUCCGACGACUCCUCCACAGAUUCUUCCGAUGACAGCGACGACGACGAAGACUACCCCAUUCUGAGCCCCGAAGAACAAGCACGGAUAUUGAUGCAGGCCGAACUUGGCUCUGACGACGAAGGAGAUGGAAAGGGCAAAACCGGCGGCCAUCUGAGAACAGCGAACGAAAUGCCCGAAGAAGCACCUCCCAUCCCUGAGGUUACCAUUACACCCGAGAUGAAAAUCGUGCAUCUGGGUCAGGUGGAGGCGAUCGUCGAGAACACACUCCUCAUUACGGCCAACACCAGCGGCGAAUACCAAGUGCUCGAAGCCGGCUCGCUACUCUGUCUGGAGAACCGCAGUGUCGCCGGUGUAGUCUCCGAGACUCUCGGAAGGGUCGAGAACCCUCUGUAUGCCGUUCGGUACCCGACCGCGGCCGCCAUCACCGAGCGUGGCCUGUCCAAGGGCACACAUGUCUACUAUGUCGAGGAACACUCCACCUUCGUCUUCACUCAACCCCUCAAGGGUCUGAAGGGAAGCGAUGCCUCCAACUUCCACGACGAAGAGAUUGCCGAGGACGAAGUCGAGUUCUCCGACGACGAAGCCGAAGCAGAGUACAAGCGCAAGCUCAAGCAGAAGCGCCAGGAAAAGAAGGACUCUCGGAACGAAAACGGCCCAGCAAGAGGCAGAAGAAACCCCCCAGGACCCUCCAAGCUCGGCCAAAGCGAACUGAACUACGACGACAACCCUGUUGACGACGGCUACACUCCGCUGGCCCGGCCGAAGAACCUGCACGAGAUGAUGCGCCAACAGGAAGCCCCCGUUGAAGCCGACGGCCACUCCGGCCCCAGCAGAAACAACUCCGGCUUCCGCGGUGGUGGCCGUGGUCGUGGCCGAGGAUAUGAUCGUGGAGGUCGCGGUGGUGGUGGCCGCGGUGGUCGUCCCUCCCACGAGUCGGCUCCUCACCAUCAAGACCGUCAACAAUCAUACUACCAGCCCCAAGCGCAGGCCUCUCAUCAGUCUCAACCUCAACCUCAACCCCACACCUACCCCCAAGCAGCGUACCCCACAAACCCGCAGGGUGCAUACGCUCUCCCUCAGCAGUUCCCUCCCUUCGGAGCCUUCCAGCCGCAACAACCCCAAGCGUACGGACAAGGUGCUAUGCCAACAGCACCGUUCAAUUUCCAGAUGCCUUUCCAACAGGCCUAUCAACAACCGAACCCGUACCAACAGCUUCCUGGUAACGUGCACAUCAAUCCCUUGUUCCUGGCUGCCCUACAGCAGCAGCAACAACAGCAGCAGCAACAAGUACCGGGACAACAACAACCGCAACAACCGACGAUGAACUUUGAUCAAGUGAAAGCACAAUUGGAUCUUCUGCGGCAAUUAAGUAACAACCAGAACCAGAACCAGGGACCUCCUCGUUCGUGA